CCAUCGAUCACAACAACGUUCCACGUGUCUGUAGCAGUCUACAAACGUUUAUCAUUUUGGCGAUAUUUUAAACAUUUGGAAGUGAUAGAAUGCAAUCUGCUCAAACUGUAGCAUUAUUUUCUGAUAGCGAACCUUUUAGAGCGACAAAAAUUUGGAACGAACUUCUGCGGAACUUUAAAAUUGGUAUACCAUUAAAAAAGAAAAGAUGGCGAAUGAAGAUAUACGAAAAUUGUUUUAAUGGUCCGAAGCGAUUGCUUGGAUUUACGAUUUUUUAAAAGCCAAUCCAAACUUUCGGCAAAAUGUCAAUAGGACCAAAGCAAAGCUGUUAUGUGAAAAGUUUUUAGAACGACGUGUUAUUUUUGAUCUAGUUGAUGAAGCUGAUUCGACAAAUUGUUCUUUUGAAGAAAGUCGUUUAUAUGGUUUUCAAAAAACACAGACACGUACAAGAAAGUUGAGGCAAAGAGAUAAGAACGAAAACUUAUUAUGUUCUUCCAAAAAACUAGUGCCGAGUCUAAAAAGGCACUCUAGUUUUGUAGAGCCAUUUCAUUCAUUUAGACAACCUUUAGCAGAUGCAAAAGAACUUAAAAACAUUGUCACAAGCACAAAUGUAAAAAAAAUGAAGAAUAAUUCUAAGCAUUGCGUGACAAAAAAAUUGGUGGAAAUUUCUACUCAAAUAAUGAAAAUACAGACGUAAAUGUUGCUCAAACAGGAGAUUUAUCUCAGAAAGAGAACUAUGAGUUUGGCAUCAGAGUCAAGGAAAAUAUUGGAAAGAUUUUUGGUGAAAAUUUAAUGGCUGUAAUGAAUGAUGAAGAAGAAGUUGUUUGUGAAGAGAAAGAACUUGAUAAUAUGUGUUCUAGAGAUUUAUGUAAAAGUACCAAGGAAGUAGUUAAUGACAUUUAUGAUGAAGACGAUAAGGAUGAUGUAAUGUCACAAAUUUUACCAUCUCAAGAUAGGGGAUGUGUAAAAUCAGACCCAAACAAGUUGUGGCUAAAUGUGUGCCUUCACAGGUUAAAGCAAAUAUUAAAUGUGACUGACAUCAAUGAUCUUGUUAAUUAUGACCUGCUGAGUGCCAAGAAUGUGAUGGAAAAUGUUGAAUCCAAUUUCAGAUGUGUCACAAAAGAUGUCCCAAAAUCAUUGAUCUUGGCCAUGAAAUACCUCAUAUACUGGCCACAAAGUAUUGAAUUUUCCGUAUUUGAGAACGUAAAUUCUGUAUUCGGUACAAUUCAAGAGUAUUUUGAAUCGCUAUCUGAACCACUAGUUGAAUCCAACCUUGUUAAAGUAUUCAAUAAAAUAUCAGGAUUGAUAAAGCGUUGUAAGGUGUCAGCUUUAAGAGCUCUACAGAAUACCUUACUUCUUAUUAAGAAAGAAAAAAGACAAAUGCUUCAGCUUCUUCUGCGUUUCAUGGUCAAAAUAUCAAAUAAUCAUCAACUAAACCUAAACCACUUUUUACCAACACGAGAGCUGGUCAUUCAAACGUUUGUUCCUUGUAUUUUUGGUGACAAAGAUCGUGUUGACGAAAUUCUUGAAUUUGUUUACCAAUCGUUCGGGAAAACUUUCAACGCUUUUACACUAAAAUAUUUAGCUAUAUUGUCCAAUUUUCUAUCAAUUUUCUAUCAACAGAUUUCUCCAGCUAUGAGAUUUCAAUUUGAGCAACAUUUUGCUCUGUUACGUGCACGUGGGAACGAAGGAGAAAUGUUAAAAACGGGUCAGGAUAUUGCAUUUUGCUUUCGUGUAACAAAACAAGAGUAUGAAGAACAGAAAAAAUUUGAAACUCAAAGAUCGCUGGAGGAGCUACUUCAUUGCAUUGUCGAACAAGAAAAUGUUAGCAAGAAAAAUCGAAGAAAAAUGUUGAAACAGUUUCAGAAAACAUAUCCUGAAAUUUACUUCAAUAAAUAUCCAAUUGAUGAUCCAUCAGUAAUGUCCUAAUCUCACAUGAAUGUAAUCUACUAUCAUUUAUCUCAACGACAUAACACUACGGUAAUUUUGGCAAGUUUGUCUUAAUGAGAAUUCAUGUAUUACCUUCACUAGUAGUACAAAUAUUUUCUUGGGUUAGUCAUUUUGAUUUUCUUAUGGUUUUUCUAUGAUAUGAUUCAAAAGUUAUACUGUCACCAUAUAUACUGUAGGUAUGUAUUAGCUACGAUAUGUUAUUUUACUCUGAGUUUGACCAGUGAUUAUUAUUUAACA